UAAAGUCAGAGCGCUCGUUCAGUGGCACAUUGAGUAGACUACCAAAGCUUCUGGAAAAUGUCUGGACGCGGCAAAGGAGGAAAGGGGCUCGGAAAAGGAGGCGCCAAGCGUCACCGUAAAGUGCUGCGUGAUAACAUCCAGGGUAUCACCAAGCCCGCCAUCCGCCGUCUGGCUCGUCGUGGCGGUGUGAAGCGGAUCUCUGGCCUCAUCUACGAGGAGACCCGCGGUGUCCUCAAGGUGUUCCUGGAGAACGUGAUCCGUGAUGCCGUCACCUACACCGAGCACGCCAAGAGGAAGACCGUCACCGCCAUGGAUGUUGUCUAUGCCCUGAAGAGGCAGGGACGCACCCUGUAUGGCUUCGGCGGUUAAACCAUUUUUCGACCAACGAUAAAUCCAAAGGCUCUUUUAAGAGCCAACCAAA